GCUGCGGAAUUCUUCAAGAGAAAUCCAAGCGUAGAUGGACAAAUAAGAGAAUUCGCCGGCUUCAACCUUGGCCGCAUAGAGUUAGUUUCCGCCGGACCAGCCAUUCCGAACUGCUUGGAAGCUCAUCUAGACUGCACGCAAAUCUUGCCCCCGUCCUGUUAAUUUACCUGGCUUUGAAUCGUUCGAUCCGCUCUCAUCAGCAGUUGUUGAUCCAAAACCCGCACAGAAGGAAGCGAUGGAAGAGCUUCCUUUACUUAACAGUGAAGAGAGAAAAUCGUUGCCAACAUCGAAGGCGUUCAUGGAAGAGCUAAAGAAGGUAACCCGCAUUGCGGCGCCGAUGGUGGUGGUGACGAUAUCGCAGUUCCUCUUGCGGGUUGUGCCGAUGAUAAUGGUGGGGCACCUCGGCGAGCUCUACCUCUCCAGCACCGCCAUUGCAACCUCUCUCACCAAUGUUACCGGCUUCAGCGUCCUUUUUGGAAUGGCGAGCGCUCUGGAAACCCUCUGCGGGCAAGCUUAUGGGGCAGAGCAAUACCAGAAGCUGGGAGCUUUUACUUUCGGAGCCAUUCUCUCGCUCAUUCUGGUUUGUCUACCAGUUUCUGUUCUUUGGAUCUUCAUGGACAAACUACUCGUCUUCUUAGGCCAAGACCCUGCAAUUUCAGUUGAGGCAGGGAAGUAUGCUAUUUGGCUCAUUCCUUCAUUGUUUCCGUAUGCCAUUCUUGAGUCACUGGUUCCCUAUUUGCAGACCCAGUGUGUGAUCCUUCCCAUGCUCUUGUGCUCAACUGUGACAUUAUCGCUCCAUGUGCCUCUUUGUUGGUUUUUAGUAUUCAAGUUUCAGUUAGGAACGAAAGGUGCAGCUCUGGCCAUCAGUUUAUCGUAUUGGGUGAAUGUGAUCCUGCUAGGUACUUACUUGAAAUAUUCUCCGGCCUGUGAAAAUACUCGACCAUCAUUCUCGAAGGAUGUUUUCCUGAGCAUUGGGGAGUUCUUCCGCUUUGCGCUUCCUUCUGCUGGAAUGAUCUGCCUUGAAUGGUGGUCAUUUGAGUUACUCAUACUGUUAUCGGGACUUUUGCCAAACCCCGAACUUGAGUCUUCGGUGCUUUCAAUAUGCCUUACAACUACCUCAGUGCACUACCUCAUACCCUAUUCUAUUGGUGCUGCCGCAAGCACUCGGGUGUCCAAUGAAUUAGGAGCUGGGAAUUCACGGGCUGCUCGGCUAUCUGUUUGCACUGUGAUGGUUCUUGCUGUGGCAGAGGCCAUUGUUGUGAGCGCAACUCUGUUCUGCUGCCGCUCUAUUCUGGGAUAUGCAUACAGUGACGUUGGGGAAGUAGUGGACUAUGUUAAAGAAAUGACUCCUAUUAUUUGUCUCUCAAUCACCAUGGACAGCUUACAAGCCGUUCUAUCUGGGGUUGCCAGAGGAAGUGGGUGGCAGCAUAUGGGGGCCUAUGUCAAUUUCGGGGCAUUUUAUCUGGUUGGCAUUCCCCUAGCUAUUGUACUGGGCUUCAUUGAACAGUUAAGAGGCAAGGGGAUUUGGAUUGGAAUAGCAACUGGGUCGAUGGUGCAAGUCAUUUUGCUUUCCCUCGUAACAAGUUUCACAAAUUGGCAAAAACAGGCCAAUGAAGCAAGGGAAAGGGUGUUCAAGGGGACACUUCCAGCCAAUGAUGAAUCGAUUCAAUAAUUGCUUUGGAGCAGCUGUUGUAUCAGACAACAUUGGAGUUGAGAUAUGCAGGUUAAACAUUAAUUUUUUUACUGAAGAUUUA